AUGAGAAAUUCAUACCCAAAACCAUAUACAGAUCGAUCAUCCAGCUCUUCUCAAAAAAUCCAUUCUCUGCCAAUUUUUUCAAGACCUUCUAUGAUUGGUGCAAGCCCUAUUUAUGAAAAACUCAGCACAUCUCGGAGAAUUGAAAAAAAGCCUAUUGAAGAAGAUAGUGAGACUGAAUUAAAUAUUCUGUGCAUUAAUUGCCAAAAUCUGAUAAAUGUUAAUAUUAUUGAAGAGCAUUCUUCACAUUGUGUUAGGGUCUCUGAAAACGUCUUAGAAGUCGAAUCAGAGUCGUUUUUGUCGCAAACUAACUUUAAACUUCAAAAACUUGAAAAGUGCUUACUCCCCCGUCCGUGAGUGAACAAAAAAAUUUUGUUCACUCACUGAGGGGGGUUUAGUUUUUUUUUUUUUAAAAAAAUUUAUAUAUAAACUUUAUAAAAAAAUUAUUUUUCGAAAUUUAAAAAAUCCUGAUUCGCAAAAAUUGGAAAGCAAAUAUUCAUUUUAUUUAUAAAAUUUAUGUUUUAAAAAAAGCAAUUUGUUUAAAAUUAAACAGAAUUAGCCCUAGAUUUCAUUAUGCUAAUUAUCAUUUAUAUAUCAAAAAUUUUUUCCAUAAAAAAAUUUUUCUAUUAAAAAAAUUUUUGUUCACUCACGGAGGGGGGGUUUUUGGGCAAAAAAUAGCGAUUUUUCUAAUGGUUUUGUUCACUCACGGAGGGGGGGAGUUAGCUGACAUAGCCACUACUCCUGGGCUUCGCCCAGGGGAUAAAAAUUAUAUAGCUAUCUUAUCACGAAUGUGUAAUAAGAUUUCAAAUAUUACCCCUCCUGCAUUCAAAGACAAUGCAGAAGUACUUACUUCGUUAAGUUCCCUACUAGUCACAUUUCGAGGCUCUUUGUCUAUUAGAAUAUAUGCUGACCGAUUACAAUCACUCGCCCAAGACCAAAAAUUAGCAAUUCAGGAAUACGAAAUUGAGCAAAAAAAGCUCGAAGUUAACAAAUUAAGAGAUGACGUCGAAAAAUAUAAAUCAAGGGCAACCAUUUUGCAGAGGACACUUCUGAAGCAUCCUGGAAUGAAGGAAACUGAUAUAAAUAGAAAACUUGAAGAAAUUUCAAGUGAAAUAUCUAGCUUUAAAAGUGUGAAUUCUUCUGUUGUGAGCUCUGCUGCAGUAGAAGAAGAUAUGACAAAGGUGGAAGAAUUUGAAGAUUUGACUGAAAGAAUGAAUGGUGGAGAUAAUUUACAAAGGUUUUUUUAUUCGAUUUGUCUAGGAAUUAAAAUGAAAUCAGCAAGCAGCAGUCAAAUACAAAAUAUUGAUAUACAGAAACUUUAUAAUGAAGCGGUAAAUCAUAAUAUUCCAAUUGAAAAUUGGAGUACAUGGGUAAGCCAAGCUUUAAAAAAUCCAGAAAGAUGAAUUGAGAGAAAAGUUAAAAGUAAUCGACGAAGGCAGCCAAGAAGCUCAUUUUUGAAAGAGCAAUAUUUUGAAACAAUUAUAGAAGAAGAAGCGUAA